ACAUGUAGCUCCAACAUGGCCCCUGCCAGCCGGGCUGUUGUUAUGGCAGCGCUCUCUCUGCUCUACCUGAGCCGGACGAUCUUCUCCUCCGAGUAUUUCUCCUCCUCCACUCUCACUUUGUUCAACAACGAGCUCCACAAGCAGGGCUGCAGCUCGCUGUCCGAGUGGGAAGAGUACGCGGCUGACUGCGAGUCCUCCAUUUUACAGUUGGAAGACCCAGACUGUGAGGAGGGAAGCAACCCGCCCUGCGAGUCAGUCUUCUCACUUAACGCUGAGAAGAUCCUGAACCAGGCCAAGCUGUUUAUAGAGCAGAAAAAAAUCCCCUUCCCUGUAGAUAACCAUAACACAAACGAAGAACUUGCUAUAGGCUACGUUCUGAUAGGCAACGGUCUUUAUGAUGAAGCCAUCAAACACUUCUCACUCUUAUUACAGAGCGACCCGGAGCUGGUCAGUGCCAUCUAUGGGAGAGGGAUAGCUUAUGGGAAGAAAAGUCUACAGGACAUAAAGAAUGCUGACUUGGCGUUGUACGAGCUCAACAGAGUCAUCACCCUGGAGCCAAACUGGCCAGAGGUCUACGAACAGAGAGCAGAGAUCCUGUCUCCUCUGGGUCGUAUCAGUGAAGCUCUGGGUGAUCUGACCAAAGCCAUCCAGCUGCAGCCCUCGGCCCGUCUCUACAGACACAGAGGAACUCUGCUCUUCAUUUCAGAGGACUAUGUGGCAGCUAUGGAAGACUUCCAGCAGUCUUUAGAGCUGAAGAAGAAUCAGCCCAUCGCCAUGCUGUAUAAGGGCCUCACCUUCUUCCACAGAGGCAUGCUCAAGGAAGCCAUUGAGACAUUCAAAGAGGCCCUGAAGUUGAAGUCUGACUUCAUAGAUGCCUAUAAGAGUCUCGGACAGGCCUACAGAGAGCUGGGGGAUUUUGAGUCAGCGAUGGAGAGCUUCCAGAAAGCCCUCAUGUUGAACCAGAACCACAUCCAGUCUCUCCAGCUCCGAGGCAUGAUGCUGUACCACCACGGCUCGCUGCAGGAGGCCAUAGGCAACUUCAAGAGGUGUCUACAGUUGGAGCCCUACAACGAGGUGUGUCAGUACAUGAAGGGGUUGAGUCACGUGGCGAUGGGUCAGUUCUACGAGGGCAUCAAGGCUCAGACUAAAGUCAUGUUGAACGACCCUCUGCUGGGACAGAAGGCCAGCUCCGAAUACCUCAAAGUGAAAUACCUCAGAGAGUACUCUCGUUACCUGCACUCCCACCUUGACAUCCCAGUAGCAGAGUACAACGUGGACCAGGACUUACCGGGGAACUUUAAGAACCACUGGGCUAAGAACCUGCCUUUUCUAAUAGAAGACUAUGAAGAACAGCCUGGCCUGCAGCCACAUAUCAAAGACGUGCUGCCGCAGAACUUUGACAGCUACAGCAGUGAAGUUCAGAAGCUGAUCUGCACGGCCGACCACCUGGGGGCGCUAAUGCAAUACGACACGCCUGGUUUCUUACCUAACAGGAGAAUACACAGAGCCAUGGGUUUAGCGACCCUGGAGGUGAUGCAGGCCAUGCAUCGAACAUGGAGCAACUCCAAAGUGCGAGUCAACGGCAAGACCAGGCAAAUGCAGUGGAGAGACAUGUUCGACAUAGCUGUCAAAUGGAGGAGGAUCGCGGAUCCAGACCAGCCCGUUCUGUGGUUAGACCAGAUGCCCGCCAGAAGUCUCAGUCGAGGCUUCAACAAUCAUAUCAACCUCAUCAGGGGACAGAUUAUCAACAUCAGGUACCUGGCGUACUUUGACAACAUCCUCGACUUCAUUAAAGACAGAAUACUGGUGUAUCACGGGGCGUACAACCCCAGAGGACUCUUAGAGGUCCGUCAGGCUCUUGAAAAUGUGAAUAAAGUAGAAGAUCUGCUUCCUAUAAUGAAGUUCAAUAGUAAAACCAGAGAUGGCUUCACGGUCAACUCCAAGGUGCCGAGCAUGAAGGACACCGGGAAAGAAUACGACGGUUUCACCAUCACCAUCACCGGAGACAGGGUGGGCAACAUGUUAUUCUCAGUAGAGACUCAGACGACAGAAGAGCGGACGCAGCAGUACCAGUCAGAGAUAGAGUCUAUCUACAAAGACCUCACCGCUAAAGGAAAGGCUCUAAUGCUGUCCACCGAACUCGGGGAUGCGGAUGCUGUGUGUAACCUCAUCCUCUCCUUGGUUUAUUACUUCUGCAACCUCAUGCCUCUCUCCAGAGGAUCCAGUGUGGUGGCCUACUCAGUGGUGAUGGGGGCGUUGAUGGCCAGUGGGAAAGAGGUCAUCGGCAGGAUCCCGAAAGGAAAGCUGGUGGAUUUUGAGGCCAUGACGACACCCAGUCCAGACAGCUUCAGUAAAACAGCAAAGAACUGGAUGACUCUCAAGAGUUUACCAGGUUGGUACCAGAGUCUUCCGUCUGUAGCAGAGACCUUCCCGUCCUCCAGAACGAUGAUCGAGGUUCUCAACACAGACUCGUCUUCACACUGUCCAAAGAAGUCCUAACACAACUUCUACCACAGGAGACAAGUCUGUUUAAUUCAAGUCUUAAUUCAUGGAGCUGCUACAGUGGGCAGAACAAAGGGACCGUCUUCUCCUGCAACCCAAACUGGACCGAGUCGAUAUUCAUACGAAUUCAAAACUGCCAACAUCCAGGCUGGCGUUUUUAUUUUCCAGUUUUUUCCACUAAGUAAAAUUAUAAAGUUAAAUAUUGAAUCAGACUUUUGUUCAGGUACAAAAAAUAGUGAAAUGUGGUGCUUGUGACAACACAACCAUCCACACUCUGUUUGGAGAAGAUGACGGAGAACAUUAGUGUCACAGUUUGGGAUGCAGAAGCGACUCUGUCCACCCUCUCCUUCUUUUUCUCUGCUUUAUAGGCCUCAAACAUGAAACACUCAAAGCACACAGUCCUCAACCUCCUGAACCAUCAGCAUGAACAAUCUGCUGCUGCACAGCUGUGGUUAAAUCUGAGCUUUAGAUAUAUACCUUUAGAAUUAAAUUAGAUGUGACUUUGUAGUCCGGUAUCUGUAAUUGGCACUUUAAAAAAAUAUUUUUUAACCACUGCUGUGCACGCAGACACACACACACACACACACACACACACAGCCUAUUAGCAGAGAAGGAGUUCUGGGAUUUUUAAAGAAAUAUGAAACAAAAACCUUCAGGGCUAUUGAAUUCCACUCGGGAUACUUGAAGCAGUCUCUUUUUAUUUUGUUUUUCUCGACACUUGCAGGAAGUGUCGCUUCUCUUAUCGCUUUCUUUCAACGUGACCAAUAACGGGUUGGUAUUAAGAAGGGGUUGGCUGCUGAACUAGUAGGA